AUGCCUGCGUUUGAUGAUGCGAGAUUGGGGUCUCGACACUCCAAACAGAAGCCCCAUGUUUCAAGGAUGGUCCUCGUCUGGCUGGGUGCAUGGGCCUUAUUUUUGCUCCACGUUACAGACGAUACUGCACAAGAAUCAAAUUUUCAAACCGUUGCAAACCCUACCUUGUUACCUUAUUGGCUGCUCCUCUCAUGGAGCCUUAGCGGUUGCUAUGAGGAUGCGCACAAGCGGGUGCAUAUAUCGGAAAACCGUCGACGUGCAGAAAUUUUGUAUCAGGCUGUGACCGACAAUUGGCGCGUCGAUGCACAUGUGCACAGAAUCCCCUUUGUGACCUGGUGCCUGUAUCACCCCUACGAUCUGAUCGGAGGCUAG